CCGAAUUUCUUGACAACCUCAAGCUUCUUCUCGAUUAGUAAGUAAGCAACACGUCCGCCAUGGCUACAAUGAGGAGCUUACACAGAUGGUCUCUUCAUAAUCAUUACCAGCACAUAAACCAGACGCAGCCCACGAAGCAAAUUGUUAUUUCAAUACCCAUUUCGCGGAGAGAUGCGAUUAUUUUCUGUUCGCUUCCCUCGAUUGCUCUGGUUUCAGUGCCUCAGUUGGCAGACGCCAGAGAGAGACGCAACAAGAAGGCCAUUCCUCUUGAAGACUAUCUCACUACCCCUGAUGGACUGAAGUACUAUGAUGUAGUGGAGGGAAAGGGUCCAGUAGCUGAAAAAGGAUCUACUGUUCAGGUGCAUUUUGAUUGCUUGUACCGUGGCAUCACAGCUGUUUCAAGUAGAGAAUCAAAACUUUUGGCUGGAAAUCGUAUUAUUGCCCAGCCAUAUGAAUUCAAGGUUGGAGCCACUCCAGGCAAAGAACGGAAACGCGAAUUUGUAGAUAACCCAAAUGGUCUGUUUUCUGCGCAGGCAGCACCUAAACCUCCUCCAGCUAUGUACUCAAUCACUGAAGGAAUGAAAGUAGGUGGGAAGAGAACUGUUAUUGUUCCUCCAGAGGCUGGCUAUGGUAAGAAGGGAAUGAAUGAGAUACCGCCAGGAGCUAUGAUUGAGUUGAACAUUGAGCUUUUACAAGUUACGCCACCUGAAGGAAAGUAGGCUAAGCAUGUGGAUUGAGACACUCGGCCGAAAAUUAUUAUUAUUAUCGUUAUUUUUUGGCUUAAAUGUUCUUGUAUCUUUUGGAAAAUAUUCUAUUCCAUGGUAAUAGGAUUCAUUUUACAGUGCUUCAAUCAAGUCAAGAAUUGAAACACAACCACUGUUUGUAAAUUAGUCAUGUCUAUUUCUAAAGGAAGGAAUAGCUUUGAGUUGUUUUAAGAAUGAACAUGCCAUUUUUCCAUAGCU